AUGGAUCCGUUGCUCGUCGAACGGGACAUCGAUGCUGAACUUCGACACAUAGACGAGUACAGGCAACAAAUCCUCGCUCAGAAGAAUCUUCUCGCCCCUGCCGCACGUCUCCCUCCUGAAAUACUCAUGACUAUCUUCUCCCACAUUGCACCAGUCGUGAGCUCCCGUGAUAACGACGGAGCUGUCACUAUGUACCAAGAUAUUGAAAACUCCAGCGAAAGCCACGAGGUUGAAGAUCGUGAGCAGGAUAUCGAGGACAUUUUAUCCAUCAUUUCCAUCUCGCAAGUCUGCCGCCGUUGGAGAGACGUGGCUCUGCAUUACCCGAGCCUGUGGGUCAAUAUAUGGACCGAGAAUAUCGCGUGGUCUCAGCAGAUGCUGACUCGCGCGCAAGACAUGGCCCUGGAGCUCUACGGUUCUGACGAACUCAAUAGAUUGGAUUUCAUAUCCGCCUGCCUGGCUUCUAUGCGAUGCCGACGACUUUGUAUAUUUAUUCCUACCAGUCGCAGCGUGGCAGACAUACUUGCGCGACCUGCGCCGUGGCUGGAAAUCCUGCACAUCGAGCUGGAAGGCAUAUAUAACUACCAGCGACCGAAUAUCAAUGUCUCAUCUCAAUUUUUCUCUCAGGAGUCCCCUCGCCUACGCCACCUCCGCAUCGCAGGGAACCAUGGCUACCGCGAGCUACUUCUCUCCCCUGUUUUACACAAUUUAACCUCCCUCGAACUGUUCUCCGAAGAACCGCUAUCGCCCAUUCCCUCGAUUCCCGCGUUGCUGGAUGCGCUCAAACGGAUGCCACGCCUUAAUAAUCUGGCUCUCGAUAAUGUCCUUCCCACCAAACCUUUGAGGCUUCUUCCCUCUGCAUCCUUGUCGUCCUCUGACAUUGUACAACUCCCUUCCAUGUCAUGUCUUACUCUCGCUGGAUAUUCUUCUUCGUGCGCCAAUUUCACGCAACACAUACGGCUUCCGCCCGAUUGUCGUAUCAGAUAUCGUCUGACCUACCGGAACGAAGACGACGGAUGUUCACCGCAAGACACUGUGCCCUAUCUUUUCGGCGCAGCUCCUCGGCUCAUGUCUUUACCUAUACAGACCCUUUGGAUGCGUAUCGAGACAUAUAAUCUAUGUUAUCACUUUAUGUGUUGGGAUGUCGUCUUUUCGCCAAAUCUGUUGUUCGCAGGCGUUGAGGAAGAGGAUGUACCGCCGAAACAAGUCGGCAACAGGCUAGAUUUCCGGUUCGAAGACGAUACACUUGGAGAUGAAGACAUUAACUUCGAGAUGGUCAAACCUACGUGUGAGCGUCUAUGCUUGGACGAGCUCAAGGAUCUCAUCAUCGAUUAUACACCGUAUAUGCGUAUGCAUGACUUCGGCCUUUGGUCUACUAUAUUCGAGAGGAUGCGCCGCCUGGAGAACCUCGUACUCAGACAUGCAGCUUAUUUCGAAAUUCUCGAGAUUAUCGCUAUGCCGUCACGUUUUGCCUCUCAACACAAAACUACAUAUCCGUCGGAUGAGGAUGGAAACCUGAAUAAUGAAGAAGGGGACAAGGGGAACACAAGUAUGAUCCUUCUUCCUUGUCUGUCCUCCAUCUGUCUCCAACGGUGGCACUUCAACGAUGAAAGACCUCUACCCCAAAACCUCCUCGACUGUCUUCACGCGAUCUCCUCUCGUCCGGUAGAAGGCGCACAACGUCGUACGGCAUUACGAGAGCUUCGUAUCGUCAACUGCACGAUCACUGCUGCCCAGAUCGCCGCAUUGGAAAGUCUAGGGAUCGCCGAGGCGAUUAUUUGGGAUGGUAGGACUAAGUCGAAGAGAUGGGAUUGAGGGAUAUGAUCUAAGAUUGAUGGGUUGAAGGUGAGAUGGGAAGGGGAGUGAAAACGAAGGUUGAACAGUGUGCAUUUCGACGC